GUGUGGACGAGGUCCAGCAGUGUAGUAGUUUGCAGUGCUGGUCCAGAACCCAGGAUGGAAACGCAGCAGGUCGUCGUCGUUUCCGUCAAAGAAGAAGAUGAAGAAUCCAAAGUGAGCCCGGUGAAGGAGGAGGAAGAGGAACCCGGGGUUGGUCCGGUCAAGGAGGAGGAGGCGGAGAGCCCCCCAGACCGAGCGAUGGAGGAGCAGCAGCCGGAGCCCGGAGCACCGACGGCUAGCUCCAGCCCCGACAGCUCCGAUAACCCGGAUGUUCAGGACUGUAAAGACGAGCAGGAAGUGGACGAUGAUGACGAUGAUGAGAGCUGUGAUGAAUCCACCAGAGCCAAAGCUCUCUUAAAGGACCAUCAGGCCUACACCAGACCGUACCGCUGUGAUCAGUGUGAGAAAACAUUUAAAAGACCCAGCGCCCUCAAAGUCCACCAGCGCAUUCACACGGGAGAGAAACCGUACUGCUGUGAUAAGUGUGACGCUAAAUUCACCCAGCUGGCCAAUCUAAAGGGCCACCAGCUGAUCCACACUGGGGAGAGGCGCUUCUGCUGUGACACUUGUGGGAAAGCUUUCGACACGUCCAGUCACUUAAAAGUCCAUCAGCGCAUCCACACGGGAGAGAAACCGUACAGCUGCGACCAGUGCAGCGCCAAAUUCACACAGCUGGGACACUUAAGGGGGCACCAGCGCAUUCACACAGGAGAGAAACCAUUCAGCUGUGACAAGUGCGAGAAAACUUUUCAUACAUCAAGCGCCCUUAAAGCCCAUCAUCGCACUCACACUGGAGAGAAACCGUGCAGCUGUGACAAAUGUGGGAAGACUUUUUAUACACCAAGUGCCCUGAAAGCUCAUCAGCUGAGUCACACAGAAGAGAAACCAUUUGGCUGUGACCAGUGUGGGAAAACCUUCAGUACAGCGAGGUGCCUGAGAGUCCAUCAGCAUGUUCAUACAGGAGUGAAACCAUACAGCUGUGACAAAUGCAACGCUGGCUUCACCCGGAUAACGAGCCUAAAGGCUCAUCAGCGGGCGCACUCAGGAGAGAAACCCUUCAAGUGUGAUGAGUGCGGGAAAUCGUACGUCACGUCAGUGAACCUCAGAGUCCAUCAGCGUAUCCACACUGGGGUGAAUCCCUUCAAGUGUGACGAAUGUGGGGAAUCCUACCCGACACUGGGGGACUUUAGAGUUCACAAGCGGAGCCACUUCGAACAGAAAUCUUUAACUUGUGACGUCUGUGAGAAGACUUUUGAAAAAGCGAGUGAUUUUAAAGUCCAUCAGCGCAUCCACACAGGAGAAAACCAGUUCAUCUGUGACCAGUGUGGGAAAGGUUUCACUAAGUUAGGUCUGCUCAACGUCCAUCAGCGAGUUCACACGGGAGAGAAACCGUACGGCUGUGACUUUUGUGGGAAAAAGUUUAGGACUUCAUGUCGACGUAGGGAUCACAUGCACAUUCACACAGGGGAGAGACCGUACAGCUGUGAGCAGUGUGGGAAAACCUUUGCAGGGCGAACAACCCUCCACAGACAUCGACUCACUCACACCGGAGUGAAACCGUUCCGCUGUGUCCAGUGUAGGAAAUCUUUUACCAAGAAAUCGAGUUUAAAACUUCACAGACGCAUUCACACCGGAGAGAAGCCGUUCAGCUGCGACUUCUGCGAGAAAGCCUUCAGAGCACGAGCCAAUCUAGAGAUUCACAGACGAGUCCACACCGGGGAGAAACCGUUCAGCUGUGACUUUUGUGAGAAAGCCUUCAGAGCUCGUCUGAAUCUACAGAUCCACAGACGGAUUCACACCGGAGAGAAGCCUUACAGCUGUGACAAAUGUGACGCAGCGUUUACGCAAGCAGGAAGUUUAAAGAUACAUCAACGCGUUCACUCCUGAGACAUCAGACCGGUGUCCUCCCCAUGCUCACACUCUUUUGUAUAUUUAUCUAAUGUAAUCAGCUUUUAGGCCUUAUUUAUACGUCUGCAUGGAAGGACUCUGCUUGUGCUGGCUCUGUGGAAUAAAAGUCUAAAAUGUCCUAUA